GGGGCGGCGCCCAAGCGCGAGAUCUGGGCCGUGGGCACCACGGGCCGGCGCUACCAGGCGCUGUCGGGCGGCGAGCAGACGGCGCUGGCGCCCGGCGAGCAGCCGCGGCGCUUCGGGGUCUACCUGGACUACGAGCGCGGCCAGCUGGGCUUCUACAACGCCGAGAGCAUGAGCCACAUCCACACCUUCCACAUCCGCUGCCGCGAGCGCGUCUUCCCCUUCUUCCGCGUGCUGGCCCGCGGCACGCGCAUCAAGAUCUGCACCUGACUGGGGCCGGGGGGACCCGCCUGCUCCUCCUCCUCCUCCUCCUCCUCAUCUUCAUCGUCCUGGGGCUGGGGGAAUGGGGGAUCCAGCUCCUCAUCCUCCUCAUCCUCAUCUUCAUCUUCAUCGUCCUGGGGAUGGGGGGACCCGGCUGCUCCUCAUCCUCCUCCUCAUCCUCAUCUUCAUCGUCCUGGGGCUGGAGGGACCCGGCUGCUCCUCAUCAUCGUCCUGGGGCUGGGGGAAUGGGGGAUCCAGCUCCUCAUCCUCCU